AUGACUCGUCGCAACAUCACGCUCGCGAAGAAGUACUUUCGCGACGAAUUCUUCCCCAAGGACGCCUUCGAUCCGCAGCUGCUCGAACGAAGCCUGCAAGCGAUCAAAGACGUUCUUGAGUCUUCUAAGCACGGCGGUAACUUGCAAGCUUUCGAAGAGGAGACCCAAGACGCCAAACAGCGGCGAGAAUGCACGACGACAAUCUCUGUUUGGCUCGCUUUGGGGCAAACGGUCUCGUAUUUCAAGGACCCCAUUCCUCAUUCAUCGCAUCUCGAGGUUCUCUUCGAACUCGCCGUGAAGAGGCUCGUGGCGGUCAGGGGAGCCUUCAUCCCCUUGCGAGAUGACUUGCUCAAACUCAAGUACCUCUUUGCUUUGGAGGUCGCCGUUCUAGUCUUGGCCAACGUACUCUGUGAUUCCGUGAUAGCCGAUAGCAAGGGAGUCGUCGAGGUGGACCGGCUCGACGGGUUGUUGUUGGGUUGGGUGGGGGUGUCCGACUGCCAUCAUCUGACCGAUCCAACGCAGCCGUUGCUGACGCUUGCGAGAUAUCUCCACGGCACCUCCCGUCGACCACGACUACCGGGAACUUAUAACAAACUGGUUGACGGGCUUCAAGACGUAGCCGCUUCCCGUCACACCGCCACCGCAGGCAUCGCAGCGAUCGCUUGUGUGAUCAUAGCGGAAUGGAUGCGGGAUGGUGUUUGGGAAGGCUGGAUCCUCCGGUAUCUCGAGGAGGUUCUAGAACGUUCGGCCGCCACCGAGGCCGAACAUUGGUCUAUCCACGCAGGUACCGCCAGAGACAAGUGGGGUAGCCUCUCCGGCCUGGCCUCUACCGCUUCGGGGACUAUCUCCUGGAAGCCGACUUCUGGAGUGUCCGGCUACCCUUUCGAGAACGAACAAUCGCUUAGCUGGAUACAGCGGGCGUGUGUCCAGGCCGGAGUGAUUGCCGGCUCCCCUCGUGCCCUCGGUGCAGCCGAGGCAGAAUAUCUUCUAGCACGGCUGCGAUGUGACGAGGUCAUCUACGUCAUCGAUAACGAGGAGGAGGAGGUGGUUCGAUCGGCAGAUGGGAGGUUCGAUAUCGAGGAGGACGAGGACGAGGCCGAGGACGAGGAGAAGGAGGAGGAGCAGAGGAGGGCGGCGGAUGGGCGGGUCGAUAUCGACGAGGACGAGGACGAGGACGAGGACGAGGAGAAGCAGGAGGAGCAGAGGAGGGCGGCGAAUAUCAAGCCUCACUGUCUCUGGUUGCUGAAGGACGAGGACGAGGACGAGGACGAGGACGAGGACGAGGACGAGGAGAAGGAGGAGGAGCAGAGGAGGGCGGCGGAUUGGCGGGUCGAUAUCGACGAGGACGAGGACGAGGACGAGGACGAGGACGAGGAGAAGGAGGAGGAGGUUCAGACAAAACCGGCCGAUGGGAGGGUCGAAAUCGAUAUCGACGAGCACGACGAGGAGGUUCAGAGGGAACCGGCGGAUGGGAGGGUCGAUUUCGGAGGCGUCGAUAUGGGAGAUGUCGGUCUCGGGGGAGCCGAGUGGGAAAUCCCGGAACUGGACCCCAACGUCAUACGCGAUAUCGACGAGCACGACGAGGAGGUUCAGAGGGAACCGGCGGAUGGGAGGGUCGAUUUCGGAGGCGUCGAUAUGGGAGAUGUCGGUCUCGGGGGGGCCGAGUGGGAAAUCCCGGAACUGGACCCCAACGUCAUACAGGCUUGGUUGGAGGAACAAAUAGACACGUUGUUGUCGCAGGAGGGCGAGGAGCGCUACCGUGGGGCAAAAUUGUGGAUCGAUAUGUAUAUUGAGGGAUCGACCUAG